AUUUACACAAUAAAAAAAAAAAAAAAAAAAAAAAAAAGAGUGAAACAAAAGACCAGACGCAAUGAUACAGACUGUAUUGCUGCAGCUGCGCGCGCGCAUGCUACUCUUCCUAUUUCUCUUCGCUCUCGCAACAAAAACAUUUCCUGGUGCUGCCGAGGCUGUGCCGGCUCCAGUGCUCGACAAAUCCGGAAAUAAGCUGAUAGUAGGCGUUGAUUAUCAUAUAUUGCCAGUUGCCCGCGGGACGGGCGGGGGACUCUCCCUUUCCAUCUCCAGGAACAAGUCCUGCCCUCUCGAUGUUGUCCAGGAUGAGGACGAGGUAUUCCACGGUCUCCCCGUGAAGUUUUUCCCAGUGGAACCCAGAAAAGGCGUGCGCGUUUCCACAGACCUGAACAUCAGGUUCAAUGUUUACACCAUUUGUGUUCAGCCGACUGUAUGGAAGCUUGACAGUUUCGAUGACUUGGCAAAACAGUGGUUUGUGACGAGUAAUGGGGUUGAAGGCAACCCGGGUCGUGAAACGACCAGCAACUGGUUUAAGAUCGAGAAAUACGAUGAUGAUUACAAGUUUGUUUUCUGUCCUACAGUGUGCAGUUCUUGCAAGGUUUUGUGCAGAGAUAUUGGGAUUUAUAUUGUGGACGGGAAAAGGAAUUUGGCUCUGAGUGAUGUUCCGUUGAAGGUUAUGUUCAAGAAAGCUCCCUAGAUACUUUGAUUAAUACACAUACAAAUAUGAAAUGUAUGGUCCGGUCCUAAUUCUCUAUGAACUAAAAUAUAUUGAAAAAUAAAAGAGGAUUGCCGAAGAAGGUCGGUAAAAUUGCAUGUUUAUUGUAAUUCAAGUAAAGUCGACGAUAAUUACAAAUUUAAUUAUUGAAGUGUUAAUCUUAUU